UGCAUGUUUGGCGCGUCUCUCUUCUCUUACGUGCACGUAACAUUCCCAAUUUCCCAUCGUUCGUCGCAUCACAUUACGAAUCUGAUUAUGUCUUUCAUUAGAUUUUCUGCACUUUCGUUUCGUCGAUCAUUCAUUCUCCAUCAGCAAUUGGAUUGAGUCUUGUGCGGUGUGUGGCGUGGUGUUUCCGCAAUUGCAUGCAUACAACAUACACAAACACAAACACAGCGACAAUUAACAAGAACAACGUAAAAUGGAUCAGUCACUGUUCACAACUCCGAGAGGAUCUCUGUCAUCCAUUGGAGACUCUGGAGAACUCGAGGCCAAUCUCACACUCAGCGAGAGGCUCAAGGUUUUCAAAAGCUCCUCCUUUGAUCCCAAUGCCUAUGUCGCCUCCAAAUCCCGCAGCAUGAACGAGAAGGAGAUAAGACACUUGUGCGCUUAUCUUGUUGACCUGAAAAAGGCUUCAGCAGAAGAAAUGCGCAAAAGUGUUCUUGCUAAUUAUUCAGCCUUCAUACGUACAUCCAAAGAGAUUUCAGAUCUAGAGGGAGAGCUGCUUUCUAUGAGAAAUCUUCUAUCCACCCAGGCUGCUUUGGUUCAUGGUUUAGCAGAAGGGUGCGAGCUUACUCCCAUGAUUAGUGGAGACGAAGAUCCAGACAUGGAUGAUAUACUAGAUGAAAAAACAGAUAUAUCAAAGACAGAAAAAUGGCUAAUAGGAUACUUAGAAACCCUUGAAGUUCUAUUAGCAGAGAAAAGAGUGGAUGAAGCUAUGGCUGCCUUGGACGAAGGAGAAAAAAUGUCAAAAGAAAUUAGUGAAGGGAAAACUUUAAGUCCAAGUUUAUACCGGGCAUUGCAAGCUGCCAUUGAUGAACACAGACAAAAACUAGCGGAUCAGCUAGCAGAAACUAUCUGCCAGCCAUCAACUCGCAGUGCAGAGAUUCGAUCAACAGCCCUGGCAUUGAAAAAUCUUGGGGAUGGCCCUCGUGCUCAUACUUUACUACUACAUUCUCACCAAGAAACAUUGCAGCGUAGCAUAAAAAGCCUUCAAACUAGUAGAACUGGGGCAUUUACUGCUACCCUUUCACAGCUUGUCUUUUCAACCAUUUCACAGGCAGCAUCAGAUUCUUUGUCAAUGUUUGCUGAAGAAGAACCUGCAUACACGUCUGAGCUAGUAACUUGGGCAGUUACACAGGCUGAGCAAUUUUCUGUUCUCCUUAAGAAAUGCAUUCUUGCCUCUUCAGCUGCUGCAGGAGGUUUGAGAGUUGCAUCUGAAUGUGUUCAUGUUUGCAUGAGUCACUGUUAUCUACUAGAGGCUACUGGGCUGGCCCUUUCCCCUGUCUUACUAAAAUAUUUUAAACCCUUUGUCGAGCAAGCACUGAAGACAAACUUGAAAAGAAUUGAACAAAGUACUUCUGCUCUGGCUGCUGCAGAUGAUUGGUUUCUUGCUUAUGCACCAACGAGCAACAGACAUUCUGGCCUACCUCCACCUUCUCAUAUUAACUUAGGUUCAUUCCAACCAAAGCUUUCACGCAGUGCUCACAAAUUUAACUCAAUGGUUCAGGAACUAUUUGAAGAUGUAGGACCUCUUGAGAUUCUACAAUUGGAUGUUCUUGCAGUUGAAGGCCUUCUACAAGGGUUCAACUUCUAUGUCAAUCUGCUAAUAAAUGCACUGCCAGGUUCAGUGGUAACUGAGAACCUGGAAGGGCACAAAAUUGUUAAGAUUGCUGAGACUGAAGCACAGCAGAUAGCAUUGCUGGCUAAUGCAAUAUUGUUGGCAGAUGAGCUGCUCCCGCGGGCUGUCGUCAAGCUUUCACAUAGCAGCAAGGGUGAUGACUCUCAGAAAAGAGGAUCAGACAAACAGAGGCCUCCAGAACAGCGUGAACUGAAGAAAAGGCUCCAACGUGAGGUUGAUCACCUGCGGGACAGCUUUUGUCGGCAACAUGCUCUUGAAUUCAUCUUCACAGAAGAUGGAGAAGCACGUCUGAAUGCAUUAAUAUAUCUGGUAUUGGAUGGUAGAGAAGAUCAACCUGAAUGGUUUCCUUCUCCAAUUUUUCAGGAGCUUUUUGCAAAGCUUACUGAAGUUGCAGGCAUUGCAGCAGAUGUGUUUGUGGGAAGGGAAAGAUUUGCCACUGUUUUAUUGAUGAGACUCACAGAAACAGUGGUCCUGUGGCUUUCUGAUGACCAAGCCUUCUGGGAAGAGAUUGAGACAGGAGCAACACCUUUAGGUCCUGUCGGCCUUCAACAGCUUUAUUUGGAUAUGCAAUUUGUGAUGAUAUUUUCAUCCCAAGGUCGUUACUUAUCUCGUCAUCUGCAUCAAGCGAUUAAAAACAUUAUUGCUAGGGCCAUCGAGGCUGUUGCUGCUACAGGUUUAGAUCCCAACAGCAUCUUACCCGAGGAUGAAUGGUUUGUUGAAGUUAGUGAAAUAGCUAUAAAGAUGUUAACUGGGAGAGCAGCCUUUGACAGUGUAGAAGGAGGUGAUUAUAGCCCCACUUCAUCUGUCCAAACAUAAUCAAUGUCAUUAGUCAAUUCUCAUGGAAAGGAUUCCAGUUCAUCCACUACUCAAUCUUAGCAUACUGUAGAGAGCAUAAUGGAAAGAAGACACUGAAGAGAAAACAGUUUCAUGCUUAUCAUCUAUACUAACGCUACAUGAUCACAUGAUAAUGGUGCUUGUUAUUGAGGUGAUUUCAGUGUUCAAGGAAUGUGUUCCACUUCAAACUUGUGUAGAUGAAUUGCAUUACUUCUGUGCAUUCCCAUGCUACACGUGUCUUGCAUUGCAGGUGUGCCAAAGGAUGAAGGAGAUCAAGAUAUAAUGUUAUUUCGGCCAUACCAUCUUGAAAACUUUGGUAGAUAAAUCACGAGAAUUUCUAGAACCCAAAACUGCUACCGGGGCCUUCAGGUUUUGGAUUCAUUGUAGCUACUUGUAUAUUACUCUUUCCAAUAUAACCAUAGCCAAUUGAUUAGUUUAGAGAUUUCGGGCAUUACUUUUUUCUUGAUAAAAAAAUUGACCUAUUUUGUCAUUAAAAAGGGAAUCAUAAUAUUAGAUUCCUUGGGCGUAUAUGUGCAUGUAUGUUGAGAAGUUUCCCUGUUCUUUUUACAAGAC